GAAAACGGCAGCAGCAAAUUUCGCUCAAGAUUAUAAUUUCGGUGAAGCAUAUACUGUAACCCCACUAGCAGUUGAUACCACAUUCAGAUUGGUAGCUUCCCUUGGACAAUUCGCUCAGAUCCUAGCACUGUACACGUAUGCGACACCUUGUGAUCAGACGACAUCUUCAAUUAUGAUGCGGCCAUGGUGUGCUCUGCUACUGGUUACAUGUACCGUGCUGUCCGCCGUCUCAGAUACUGGUGGCGCUCCCGACCACCUUGCUAUUCAAAGGGUUUCUAAAACAAUUGAGUGCUGGAGGCGACCUAGAGGAAACAAUAACGAGUGGCCACGAUCCGUUCCAGCAUUGUACGAAAGUACUGAUAAUGUAUGGCCAGACGGUGAAAUCAUUUACCAAUUCUUCAACUAUAGCCUAAUUCCCCCUUAUAUCGUACAACGGUUUCACAACACGUUCCGUGCAGCGGUGAGACACAUCGAGGAGCGAUCAUGUAUUCGCUUUAUUCGUGCAAAGUGUUGGCCCGCAAUUGUUUACAUCAAACUCGAUCAUACCGUUGAGGAAUGCUGGGCACACGUGGGAUUCGGGUCUGGUUUUUUGCUUAUCAGUGUUGGCAGGUCAUGUGUCAAUGACGUGGGCUACCUGACGCAUGAGCUGCUGCACACCGCCGGCCUUGUUCACACACACCAAAGAAUCGACCGUGAUCAAUACGUCCGCAUUCUGUGGGAAAACAUACGUCCCGACAAAUAUGCACAAUUCGAGAAAACUUCCCAGCCUUCUAAUAUUAGUAAGAUUCCGGACGACAUGCCUUACGACUACGGCAGCAUCAUGCAUUAUGCAACGUCAACGUUUGGUAUAAAUCGAACACAUGCCACAACCAUUUUCCCACUUCAGCCGGGUGUAGAGAUUGGACAACGUCGGGGCAUGAGCCAGAUAGAUGCCAGAAUACUUAAUGCACUAUACAGCGAACAGUGCACUUUUGUCAACAAGACACGUCCAGCUCAGGAGUACAUCCAGUUUGAACAACGUAUCUCUAUUGCUCUACCCAACCGGCGCUGGCUGCGAUGUAAAGACAGUUGGGGUAGCCACUGCGAGCGGCGCACAUGUAGAGAAUUGCACCAGCCAAGAAGGUCCACUUAUGGACAAUGCAGGGCAUCAGAAUUCUACUUAGCACGUACCAGUGGUGCUCGGCCCGACGUUGAGGAGGUACUGCAUAGCGGGGAUCAGGUGCACCUAUUGGUAAGACGGCCAAUCCGAGACCCCUCCCAGCGUCCCUGGCCGCUGACGUGUUUUGGGUACACUGCUUGGGAUAUAGAAUGUAGACCAAUGUCAGAUGGCCCUGGAACGCCUCUCACUGUCCAUGCUCUGAAAACUGCCAACGCUAUAAACGCUACAGCGAGCCGCCAACAGAUCAGUGAGACAACAAAAAUCGCCUUGUGCUACACCUUGAACAAUCAUUACUGGUGUUUCCAAUGUGCUAAACUUGAAAUUGCGGUAACGCAUAGUUGCGAACCUCGCUUGUGUGACGGCGGGCCUGACAACUGCACGAUUAGUGACCCAGAAGACCCUGUUCUCAUUCCUAUGACAAUCCGCCAGUGGCGCAACGACGAUCAUCCUAACGCCGUGCAGUACAAGCGUACCAUCUCACUGCGUCGUGGACACGGGCGUUCGUCGGGCGUUCAUCGCUAUUUCCACUGCGAAAACUCCAGUUGCAGUACCGAGAUAUCGCCUCAAUGUCUGAGGGGAGACACCUACUAUACUCCUUUUGGUGCUAGCAACCCACACACUUCACAGAUUUGCGACGAGUGCGUUUUCCUAUUCAUGCCAGAGAAUGAUGUCAUGCCAGAUGAUGGUCUUCUCCGAUACGAAGACACAGUCAGCCUAGUCACAGCUCGAGGUCAGCGCAGGACUCUUUUGUGUCCCAGUGUCAACGCAUCAUGCUAUCUCGGAUCAUGUCCAAAUAAUGCCAAGCAAUGUGCUGCAUCCAAAUUCAUUGUACGCCAGUCGGCUGGCUUUCACCCCACCACUGAUGACGGCAGGCCGGUGCCAUCUGAUGACCGGGUAGCUCUAUGCAGAGAGGCCAGCAAUCAGCCACUACAGUUUGAUCUAUGUCUGUCCUGCGGACGCCACAGCUCCGCCAGUGUCGAUAGACUUCCUUGUAAACUUGUCAAGGCACGAAGGCAAGACAGAAAUGCGUUUCACGCCUCGAAUUUCUUUGUCUCGCAGUGGCGGCUUCCAUCACCCUGAAUAAUGAAACCCGUUGUAAAUUCAUGUUUGUAUGUACCGAUUUUGUGCAUGAUAGUUACUGCUACAGUAACACCUGAAGCUUCACCUGUCCGGAUAGCUCGCACGCGCCACCAGCAGUCCAGCGGCAUGAAUGAGCAGCGUCUCUGCCAUACUGUGCUCCAGACGAUCACUCUCGAUCUUCUUCCUUUUUGUAUUCUCCAAAUACGGAACUGUCUCCCCUGCACAUGAUUGAACCUCAGCUGUACCUCAAAGCACUGCAAGGGUUCAAAGGAAAACUAAACCGACACGAGCUAUUCAGGUAUACUUGCUGGCAUGCCGCUAGCCUUUGACCAUCAACCUUAUUAUAAUAAUUAUUGUACUUCAAGCAUUCAUAACAACAUCUCAAGACUUGGUAGAAACACC